AUGGCCUCGCUGCCGUCGCUCGUGGUUUUCGAUCUGGAUGCAUGCUGCUGGUAUCCAGAGAUGUACAUGAUUCGGAGAGGAGCACCUUUCUCAGCUACAGCAGAUCCGACUGUCCUAAAGACAGCUGGCGGUCAAGCAGUACGUCUACUUGGCAAUGUUGCCAACAUUUGGAAGGAAGUGCACAGAUCUCCGGCCUUCGCCAAUACCCGCGUUGGUGUAGCCAGUCGAUGUGAUGAACCCGACUGGGGCCGUGAAUGCCUUCGCAAGUUCAUGGUUGAGGAUGGUGUCUCCAUGUGGGACGUGGCUGAGGGCGGCCAUCUCGUGGAAAUCGCCUUCAGCAGUAAGAGAGAACACUUCAAACGGCUGGCUGCAAAGACCGGCGUGGCCUUUGAGGACAUGCUGUUUUUCGAUGAUGACCCUUCAAACAUUCAGGAUGUGUCCCGGCUGGGUGUGACCUGCAUCGAGACACCAGAUGGGGUGACUGCUGAAGCUUGGGAAGAAGGCCUGAAGCAAUUCUCCAAGCGCAGGGCUGAUGAUGCUGCGCGAAGAGCCUGA